ACCUUGCUUACAUCUGCCAGCAGUGAUUUGCUUUAAUAGUUCAUUCAUUAUUUCGUUAUUACUACUUAUUAAAAAAUGGUUAAUUUUCCCGCUGGUUCAUUUUAAAAUACUGAAUCACUAUUCCUCGUCUCAUCCGCGAGAGCGCGGGUAACAAUAUGAUGCCGUUGUUUGCAGACGCAUCAGCACCAUCGCCGACGAAAGAAGGAGAAGGAGAAGAAGAGCUGUUUCCUCACAACGGUUAUGAUUACGAUGCCGAAGACGACGCUUUAUCUGGUGUAGUUUUGUUGAACGAGGAGGGAUUCCCAUUGGAACUCGCGGGCGAAGAUGAUGCGAAGAACGGAGCUGAAGGAUCAGAAAAAACGCCAGGGAAAGGCGAAUUCGCCGCUGAUUUUUAUCUCUGCGGAACCGAUUGGUCUUGCUUGUUGCCGGAAGAUUGUAGUGGCAGCGUGAAACUUAAGAGAGGGGAUCUCGUUCACGACCCAAUGCCUUCGGGGAAGAAGCUGAAGCAGGUCAAUCUACUUCAGAUUUGGGGCUUAAAGAAAAAUAGCGAUGAGGAUUCUUUUUCUGCCUCCUCUAUUGAUUAUAAACAGAGUCUAAGUGGUAAUUUUGAUGCUGGAGACGGGGGUGGUAUUCUUUCUGGGAAGAAGAGUGUGAAGGCUGAAAGCUGGGAAUCAAUGUCUCGUGAUGUUCAGACACAUUCUGUAAAAUCAAAUCAUUUUCGUGAGAGAAUGAACAAUGGCGACGUUAAUCGGCGGUCUCCAGCCUGCCCCUUCUAUAAGAAAAUCCCAGGGACGGCAUUCACUGUGGAUGCAUUUCGUUACGGGUGCAUUGAGGGAUGCUCAGCAUACUUCCUUAGUCAUUUUCACAGUGAUCACUACGGUGGGCUUGGCAAGAAAUGGUCACACGGUCCUAUUUACUGCACUCCUCUCACGGCUCGCCUAGUUCAAAUGUGUCUAUCAGUAAAUCCUUUGUAUAUUUGCCCGUUGGAAUUGAACAUCAAACAAGUAAUUGAAGGCGUUACAGUGACAUUGCUAGAGGCUAACCAUUGUCCCGGUGCAGCUUUGAUUCACUUUUAUCUACCAAAUGGGCAAUGCUAUUUGCACACCGGGGACUUCAGAGCUUCUAAACAGAUGCAAGAUUAUCCCCUUCUUGUAAAUCAACAUGUGAAUAUACUUUAUUUGGAUACGACGUAUUGCAACCCAAAGUAUAAAUUCCCUCCACAGGAAACUGUACUAAACUAUGUUGUUAAGAUCACAGACAAUCACCUGAAAAAGCAACCAAGAACUUUAGUGGUUGUUGGGGCAUAUAGUAUUGGCAAAGAAUGUGUUUAUCGUGCAAUUUCCAAGGCACUCAAGGCAAAAAUUUAUGCAAAUGCUUCAAGAAGACGAAUUUUGCAAGCUUUUGGUUGGUCUGAGCUUUCAGAUAGCCUCUGUACCAAUGGAAAUAACACAUUUCUUCACGUUCUUCCCAUGGCAUCUCUGAGAUUUGAGAGAUUGAAGGAUUACUUGAAGACCUACGAGGAUCAAUUCACAGCAGUGUUAGCAUUUCGUCCAACAGGUUGGACUUUCAACCAGAAGAUAGGCAACCAUCUGGAACUAAUUAAACCCAUUUCUAAGGGCAAUAUCACGAUAUAUGGGGUUCCCUACAGUGAGCACUCCAGCUUCACAGAACUGCGAGAGUUUGUUCAGUAUUUGAAGCCUGAUAAGAUAAUCCCUACCGUGAAUAUCUGGAAUGAGGCCAACCGUGAGAAGAUGAAAUCCUACUUUCGAGACUGGUUGAGAGGCUAAUGCUUAUGCACUUUGAUAAACUGGGUUCGUAACCCGGGAUCUCCUUGCCCCAUUUAUAUGGGAAAUUCAAAUAUUUUCCGCUGGUUGCACUGUGUAGAACAUGGUUCGUCAACUCUGGCUGCGCCUUAGGGGCUCAAAUGCUUAAGGAUGACGUCACGGUUGAUUACAUUGCCGCAUUAAAUGGCCACAUCGCUUCCAGCCUACCACUUUUCCUGCAUGCUUCAAGUUCUGCUAAGGAAUACUUCGCAUUUGUUGUAAAAUUAGGAUUCAAAGGACAUCCUCCUCGUGGAACAUCCAGCAAUUCUAUUCAAGAGAAACAAAGAAAAUGGAAUAUAAGUUGUUCUAUUUCUUACGCUGACUUUUUUUUUUCCGGUUAUAUUGCAAUGUUAGAAGCCCACCUAAUGGGAAAAAGCUUAUUGUUGUUAUAUUGCAAUGUCAAAGGUGAUAUUUUUUCUCAAUGCACUCCAGGAAAGCAAAUUCUGCCAAGAUUUCAGUGUGACUCAAUUAUGGUAGAAGUAUAAUAGAAGUUCCAUUUGCAUGUAAUAGAGAUUAAGGUAGUAUAAGAUGUCCAAGUAUA